AUGCAGCCUUUGCACGUAGUGCUGCCUUCGCAGGGAGAGCUGACUUCGCAAGGAGUGGUGCCUUCGCAAGGAGUGCUGCCUUCGCAAGGAGUGCUGCCUUCGCAAGGAGGGCUGCCUUCGCUAGGAGUGCUGCCUUCGCAAGGAGUGCUGCCUUCGCAAGGAGUGCUGCCUUCGCAAGGAGGGCUGCCUUCGCAAGGAGUGCUGCCUUCGCAAGGAGUGGUGCCUACACACGGAGUGCUGCCUUUGCAGGGAGUGCUGCCUACGCAGGACUUCGCACGUAGUGCUGUCUUCGCAAGGAGUGCAGCCUUCGGACAUAGUGCUGCCUUCACAAGUAGUGCAGCCUUCGCAAGGAGUGCUGCCUUCGCACGUAGUGCUGUGUUCACAAGGAGGGCUGCCUUCGCAGGGAGUGCUGCCUUCGCUAGGAAUGCUGCCUUCGCUAGGAGUGCUGCCUUCGCAAGGAGUGCUGCCUUUGCACAGAGUGCUGCCUUCGCAAGGAGUAGUGCCUACGCACGGAGUGCUGCCUUUGCGCAGAGUGCUGCUUCACAAGGAGGGUUGCCUUCGCAAGGAGUGCUGCCUUCACAAGGAGUGCUGCCUUCACAGGGAGUGCUGCCUUCGCAAGGAGUGCUGCCUUCGCAAGGAGUGCUGCCUUCACAAGGAGUAAUGCCUUCGCAAGGAGUUCUGCCUUCGCAAGGAGUGUUGCCUUUGCUAGGAGUGCUGCCUUCGCAAAGAGUGCUGCCUUUGCACAGAGUGCUGCGUUCGCAAGGAUUGCUGCCUUUGCAAGGAGUCCUGCCUUCGCAAGGAGUACUGCCUUCGCAAGGAGUGCUGCCUUCGCACGUAGUGCUGCCUUUGCACAGAGUGUUGCCUUCGCAAGGAGUGCUGCCUUCGCAGGGAGUUCUGCCUUUGGAAGGGAGUGCUGCCUUUGCUGAGGGUGCUGCCUUCGCAAGGAGUGCCGCCUUCACAAAGAGUGCUGCCUUCGCUAGGAGUGCUCCCUUCGCUAGGAGUCCUGCCUUCGCUAGUAGUGCUGCCUUCGCAGGGAGUGCUGCCUUCGCAGGGAGUGCUGCCUUCGCAAGGGAUGGUGCCUACGAACGUAGUGCUGCCUUCGCACAGAGAGCUGACUUUGCAAGGAGUGCUGCCUUCACACGGAGAGCAGCCUUCACACGUUGUGCUGCCCUCGCACGGAGUGCUGCCUUUGCACAGAGUGCUGCCUUCGCAAGGAGUGCUGCCUUUGCAGGGAGUGCUGCCUUCGCAUGGAGUGCUGCGUUUGCACAGAGUACUGCCUUCGUACGGAGUGCUGCCUUUGCCCAGAGUGCUGCCUUUGCACGGAGUGCUGCCUUUGCACAGAGUGCUGCCUUCGCAAGGAUUGCUGCUUUCGCAAGGAGUGCUGCCUUUGCUAUGAGUGCUGCCUUUGCUAUGAGUGCUGCCUUCGCAGGGAGUGCUGCCUUCGCUAGGAGUGCUGCCUUCGUUAGGUGUGGUGCCUUCGCUACAAGUGCUGCCUUCGCAGGGAGUGCUGCCUUCGCAAGGGGUGGUGCCUUCACACGGAGUGCUGCCCUCGCUAUGAAUGGUGCCUUCGCAUGUAGUGCUGCCUUUGCACGGAGUGCUGCCUUUGCACAGGGUGCUGCCGUCGCAAGGAGUGCUGCCUUCGCUAGGAGUGCUGCCUUCGCUAGGAGUGAUGCCUUCACUGGGGGUGCUGCGUUUGCUAGGAUUGCUGCCUUCGCACGGAGUGCUGCUUUCACUAGGGUUUGCUCCCUUCGCAGGGAGUGCUGCCCUCGCACGGAGUGCUGCCUUCGCAGGGAGUGCUGCCUUCACAAGGGGUGGUGCCUUCGCAAGGAGUGCUGCCUUCGCAGUGAGUGCUGCCUUUGCAAGGAGUGUGCCUUCGCAAGGAGUGCUGCCUUUGCAAGGAGUGCUGCCUUCCAAGGAGUGCUGCCUCCGCAGGGAGUGCUGCCUUUCAAGGAGUGCUGCCUUCGCAAGGAGUGCUGCCUUCACAAGGAGUGCUGCCUUUGGAAGGAGUGCUGCCUUCGCAAUUAG